CAUAGUCCUUACAUCUCCAACUCAGUACUCAGUAGAACUCAGUGGUUAACCGUGAUCGUUACUGAUCAGUCGACGAAGUUGUUUUACACUGGUGUUGUAUUUUUUUGAGAAAAAUACAUAUUUUUUUUUGUCUCGGAUUUAUUUUCUUCUUGUAUUUAAAUUAAUUCGAAACAAUGGCAAGCUCAACCCUAGAACCAGGCCAGGUGAUCAGGCCAAUCAUCGACCACGAAGGAGUGAAGGCCCUGGCGGAGCGGCUGUACGGCAUCUCGGUCCUGGAGCUGAAGGAGCUGAACGGCUACGACGACAAGAACUACAAGAUCACCGAGGAUCCCAACGUGAAGAACCCGCUGAUCACCACGCACAGUGAACAUGGAUACGUGCUGAAGAUCAUGAACUCGAUGGACACACAGAACCCUUCUGUUGUUGAAGCUCAGAAUGAGAUUAUGAAUUUCUUGGGUACCCGCUCCAUCACCUGCCCGAAGCCGAUCCGCAACGUGUACGGGCACCUGCACUCUAUUGAGAGCAUCGGCGGCAAGCAGCACGCGGUGCGGCUGCUGCAGUACGUGCCCGGCGAGCUGCUGCAGGGUGUGCCCAAGUCGCAGCAGCUGUACUACCAGGUCGGCGAGUUCGUCGCCAACCUGGAUAACAAGCUCGAGAACUUCAACCACUCGGGGCUGGUGGCCCGCGAGCACAUGUGGAUGCUGACCAAGGUGCCGGAGCUGGAGAAGUUCAAGUACGUCAUCAAGGACGCCGAGAAACUCGAACUUGCUGAGGAGGUAAUCGAAGAGUUCAAGUACGCCGUGGUGCCUCGACUGGACGAGCUGGAGAAGGGCGUCAUCCACGGAGACGUGAACGAGAUGAACGUACUCGUCGGCCUCAAGGAGGGAGGCAGCAAAUCCGACUACCGUGUGACUGGUAUCAUCGACUUCGGCGACAUCCAGUACUCGUACUACGUGUUCGAGCUGGCCAUCACAAUGACAUACAUGAUGCUGGUCGCCGGAGACCCUCGAGUCGGAGGCUACGUCCUCGCCGGCUACACGGUCAACAGGCGUCUGCCUGACGACGAGUACAGGCUGCUUAAGACGUUGAUCUCGUCCCGAUUAAUCCAGAGUUUGAUUUUGGGGGCGUACACCAUUGAACAGGACCCUAACAACACUUAUGUUACAUCGACUGAGAGGGCGAACGGUUGGGACCUGCUGAAGAAGAUUCGCAAGUCGAAGCCUACAGAGGAACUAGACCCUACUGACUGGAAGGAAAUCGCCAACGAGUAUUUGACCAGGAGCUAAUUCACUCAGUAGAAACACUUACUUUUGUACAAAUUAUUUUAAAAGUAUUUGUAAUUGUAUCAUUCAUUCGUUGAUUAGUUCUUUGAAGAUAUAUUUAUGAUAUUACAAGGCCUAGGAGCCGAUCAAUUUUAAAUAUAAUGCUUAAUAAUUCAGAUCAAUGCAAUAUAGUAUUACAAAUUAUAAGAUCAAUAAUUACUUUAAGUAUUUAAUCAAAUUAGACCUUAAAGUUAGCGUAUUAAUGUUCGUUUUUCAAUGUUGUCGUAGUUUUUCGUUUACCUACUAUGUUUUUAUAGAUGGUUUAAUACUUUAAUGUUAAGAGAAGUAGUAUUAAAUAAAGACUGUUUAUUAAACACAAUA